GAAUUCUUGAAGACGAGAUGAUGCGCAGGUGACAGUCAUUUGUGACUACAUCCUCCUGCUGGUAAACGAAAAGAGAAAAAAAAAGAUGGAAGAAGCAGACAAGAGGGCCGAAGAGCUCCGAGCUCAAAUUGCAGAGUGUGAGGCAACUCUUCAGUCACUCAAGGAGCAGUUGGCUGCCGCAGAAGCUGCCAAGACCCCGCCUUAUAGUGACAGUACCGAGACGGACAGGGGCAGUAGUAGCAGUACCUGGAAAUGGCCCCUGGCCGAGGCAGAGUAUGAACGCUAUGGAAGACAGCUAAUACUGCCAUCUGUCGGCAUCCAAGGCCAGCUCAGACUGAAAGCAGCUUCGGUCCUCAUCGUCGGUGCCGGCGGUCUCGGGUGUCCCGCCUCGGCGUACUUCGCAGGCGCGGGCGUUGGCACCAUCGGUCUCGUGGACGGAGACACUGUUGAGGCAUCCAACCUUCACCGACAGGUCGCCCACGGCACUUCCAGGGUAGGCAUGCUGAAGGUCGACAGUGCCAUCAGCUACCUCAGAGAGCUCAAUCCGCUGGUAAAAUACAAUGCGCACCAAAGCCACCUGACUCCAGAAAAUGCCGAGUCCAUAGUCUCGGGCUACGACCUGGUCCUCGACUGCACAGAUCACCCCACGUCGCGCUAUCUUAUCUCGGACGUCUGCGUGCUCCUCCGCAAGCCUCUGGUCUCGGCUUCUGCACUGCGCACCGACGGCCAACUGAUCGUGCUCAACACGCCGGCCGCGCCGCAGGCUGAUUUGUCGGGCGGACCCUGCUACCGCUGCGUUUUUCCAAAGCCGCCACCGCCCGACGCCGUCACCAGCUGUGGCGAGGGCGGGAUCCUGGGCCCGGUAGUCGGCGUCAUGGGCGUGCUGCAGGCACUCGAGGGCAUCAGGCUGCUUGCAGCUGGCCGGCAUCUCUCCCCGUCGCCGGAGCAACAACAAACCGCCAUUUCGCCGUCGUUGCUCCUCUUUUCGGCGCCGCCUGACGGCAGUCCAGCUGGGUUCCGGAGUGUAAGGAUGCGCGGUCGGCGCAAGGAUUGUUUUGCCUGUGGGGAGAAGUCGGCACUUUCGCUCGCGACGCUGCGGGAAGGGGGGCUGGACUAUGUCCAGUUUUGUGGCGGGUCUAGAAAACCCGUGGCGCUGCUGAAGUCGGAGGAACGAGUUUCCGCCGAGCAACUCAACGCUUUGUUGCAGCAGCAGGCCGGAGAGCAUGGGAAGCCCGUGCUACUGGAUGUACGGGAGCGAGAGCAUUUCGAGAUUGCUAACAUCCCCGGGGCAAUUAACAUACCGUUUUCGAAAACACAGAACCCGGGAGCUCGUCAUAAUGCCGAAGACACCCCCAAGCUUGACUGGUUGCCGGAUGGUGUUGCUGACGGCCACUCACCGGUGUAUGUGGUCUGCCGGGUCGGGAACGAUUCGCAGACGGUAGCACGGCAACUCAAAGAAUUUGGGCUUGACAACCAAGGAAAACGUUUUAUCGGUGACGUCAAGGGCGGCAUGCUGGCGUGGAAAAGAGAGGUCGACAGUACCCUGCCGUUCAUGUAAAAGGUCGAGGUCCUGAUGAGAAGUUUGCUAUUUACCUAUGUAGACCCCUAUGGGAUGAGCUGCGAGAAAUGCAAGAUAGAUACCCCAAAAAGUGGGUUUGCAGUGUUAGUACAGUAACUUGUUCUGCCUCUGCCCUGGCAAGAACAGAGAGUUUCCCCCCGCCAAUGUCCCCCUUCCAAACAAACCUCCAAGGGGAAGAUCAUGAAAAACAUAUGAGAAAAGAAUAAAGGAUGCAAAGACAGACUCAAAUACUCCCUAUCAAGGCCCA